AUGUCUGCCCUCUCCGUCGCCCUUGCUGCCUUUGCCAACAUCCACAACGAUAACGAGCUCGUCGUGGAACCUCUUCAAGUUCCUCUCCUACCGUCGUCCCCUUUGACCUCCCGUUCUUCCUCGCCGCUGUCUGUCCCAUCUCUCACCCACAGUUCCCCGUCUUCCACCUCUUCCAGUCUUCUCGAUGUAUCCGCUCCCGUCCACCGCCCAAACGAACAUCUUGCCGUUUUACUUCCAAAGUCUCUUUGGAAGCCGGAUUCAUUAGCCUCCACCUGCGACAACUUCUUUUGUCGCCUGCCUUUCUCUCUCUUUGAGCGCAGACAUCUUAUUAGCACUGCCGCAAAUGCGGAGGUGUAUUUUGUGCUCAGUUGUCAUUGUAACUCCCCCCCACCAUUCCAAGCUUGUUCCCCCUUCCUUGUCGCGCAGGUCUCAAUCUCUUCGCACAAUCUCGACACUCCUGGAGACCUUCCUCGGCGAAAACCCUUGCGCGCCUCCCAUAUGCCCCUUCCCCUUGAUCUCGAACGCUCGUAUGGUGAACUAGACGCAUACCCUCUUCGCCGUUCCAGCAUCCUCUGCAAAGCCACAGGUGGCGGGCGUUGGGAACCUAAACCAUGCCCCGUUCUCGACGGAUACCGUCCACCUGUGCCGGGUGGUAAAGCACCUUUCGAGAUUGAGAUGGAGCGCGAGGAGCAAGAAGCCCGUAAACUCCGGGAAAAUCCCAUCGUUAAAGAUGGUGACUUCCAAUACCGCUUCACGCGGCCCCAACAAGAACAGAUGAUCAUUGCGCGCAGUCCUUUUGUACUGUCGACCUUCUGAAACGUCCUCUCUUGCCUAAUCUUGAAAAGUACCUCUCACUGGCUUAUCUUUCCGUCUCUUCCCCUCGAUGUCUUGCCACUAAACAACUCUCUGCUUCCCUGACUGCUGCUAUCACUGCCAUAUAUUCUUAUUAUUGUAUAUUGCUUGUUGCCUUUGACUUGUGCUCAUUGUACCCAUAUCCGUCAUGCAUCAUCUCCAUGUCUCUUGGCCGGUGGUCUUUGCCAUUACCACCCUCUCCUGUGUCUUGGUUCAUACCAGCGUCUUUCCCAAUGCGUUACCCCUUUCCUCCUGGCUGUCGAUUCAGCCGUGCACCAUUAUCGUUAUAUCUAUCCAUCACAGCUCGCAAUCAAUUGGUUUGCGGGCUGCUGCUACUCUUAUUGUGUUUUUAUCUCUUAUCUGCUACAUACCUACACAUCUACCAUAUUACGUCGAGACUUAUUAUUGCGCAGAGUUACAUCCUGUACUAGAUGUGCUGUUACAUAGAUGAAAUCAUGCUUUCCAG